AUGACAGCGCCAACUCAAUUGACUCCAUUUGGCAAGCCAAUGCUAAAACACUGGCUGUUCGAUCCAGAGUACAAGAACCUGAAUCAUGGAUCCUUUGGUGCCCAUCCGAUUCCGGUGAAAGAUGCACAGCGUGCCUUCAUUGAUCUCGCUGAUGUACGACCUGAUCCAUAUAUCCGCCGUGACCACGCAAAGUACUUGGACGAUGCACGCGGCGCUGUCGCAAAGAUCCUCAACGCCAACCGGGAUGAGUGCGUGUUCGUCAAAAAUGCGACUACUGGCGUGGCCACGGUUCUGUACAACCUAGCCUUCCAACCCGGCGAGGCACUCAUCUACUUCCAGCCCGUCUACGGUGCUGUUGAGAAGGGCGUUGUGUCCCUACAAGAGCAUACCUCUCUGCAAACCCGAAAAGUAUCUUUCCAGUUUCCCAUUUCCGAGGAUGAGCUGGAGCAUCGUUUCCGCGAGGUUAUUCGCCAGACUCGAGAAGAGGGACUCAAAGUUCGUGCCAGUGUCUUCGAUAUCAUUGUCAGUAACCCCGGUGUGCGGUUCCCAUUUGAGAGGAUCACCGCCAUUUGCCGCGAAGAGGGUAUCCUGAGUGUCAUCGAUGGCGCGCAUGGCGUUGGAAACAUCCAUCUCGAUAUGGAGAGGCUACAGCCUGACUUCUUGGUAUCGAACUGUCACAAAUGGUUGUACACACCCCGCAGCUGCGCAGUCCUCUACACCCCCAAACGCAACCAAAAUCUCUUGCGCACCACCCUCCCAACUUCCUGGGGCUUCAUCCCAUCCCCGACCUCACCCGAAACCAUGGCCUCAGUGCUGGCCGACCCGAACGCCCCAGUAACAAAGACCCCCUACGAAACGCUCUUCGAGUUCGUCGCAACAAGCGACGACUCCGCCUACCUCUGCGUCCCAGCUGCGCUGAAAUUCCGCGCCGAGGUCUGCGGCGGCGAAGAUGCCAUCAUCGCUUACAUCCAACGCAUUGCCAAUGAAGGCGCAGACGCAGUCGCUGCUGCGCUCGGUACUGAUGUCAUGCAAGAACCUGAUCUGAAACCUGGCCAAGAAAGCCGCAUGCGUCAGUGUGCUAUGACUACUGUUCGAUUUCCUAUUGCUGUUGAUAUUGCUGGGAAGGAGACUGGGUCUUUUGGGUAUACCCCUGCUGUUGUGUUGUCUGAAGAGGAAGCUCCCAGGGCAUCCAAUUGGAUUCAGUCUAAGCUGAUGGAUGAUCAUAAUACGUUUGUGCCGGUUUUCUGUCAUGGGUCGUGGUUGUGGACUCGGUUGAGUGGGCAGGUUUAUCUGGAGAAGAGUGAUUUCGAGGAUCUUGGUGGUGUUUUGCGUGGCCUUUGUGAAAGGGUUGCGAAGAAGGAGUUCUUGAGUUAA